ACAUACGCAUGGCGCAACAUCAUCAUUAAGUGACUGUUGUUUAUACGCGGUUGCAGCAGCGCGAUGGAGAAUGAACCCGACAACAUGGCUCACACUUUAAUGACUGUGUUGGCUUUGUGGAUCCAUUUUCAAAACAGUCAGCACUCUCAAACGUCCAGAUUUAUUGACUGCACUGUGCUGUGCGCAUACAAAGAUUUUUACGGAGGCAGCAGGAAACACGGGAGGCCUUCAAAGCUCUGCUUGCUAACUACAGUUCUCGUUCAGCCAAAAGGACCGUCUGGAUUCGGCAGAGAAGUGAUGUGUGGUGGGAGCACAUUGUCACCAACUGGACAGAUUAUGAGUGGCAGUUAAAUUUCAGAAUGAGAGAGACCAUGUUCCAGCGGUUGUGUGACAUCCUCAGACCACACUUUCAACGACAGCCAACCACAUUCAGAAAACCAGUGCCUGUGGAGCAACGCGUGGCAGUAUGUAUCUGGAGACUGGCCACAAAUGUGGAGUUCCGCACAGUUUCUCAUUUAUUUGGGAUUGGCCAGUCUACUGUGGUUAUAAUUGCAAAUCAUGUUGCUUCAGUCAUUGCUGACAAGAUGUUGCCCCUCUACAUCAGAACACCCUCCGAAGAUGAGUUUAAGCUAAUUAUUCAAGGGUUCAUAGACUGGUGGGGUUUCCCUCAGUGUGGAGGGGUUAUGGAUGGAACUCAUAUUGGGAUUCUAGCCCCAACUGACUGUCCUGCAGACUACUAUAACCAUAAAGGUUUCUACUCGGUCAUCCUGCAAGGUGUGGUCGACCAUCGUCUUCAGUUCUGGGACAUUAAUGUGGGUUGGCCUGGCAAAGUACAUGAUGCAAGAGUUUUUGGCAACUCAUCUUUGUAUGAGAGGGGUCAGAGUGAUACACUGUUCCCUCAUAUCACAGAGAGGUUUGGAGGUGUAAACGUGCCGGUGACGAUACUAGGAGAUGCGGCGUAUCCACUUCUACCAUGGCUGAUUAAACCGUACCCUGAAAACCAACACACUACCCUUGCACAGCUUACUUUCAACAACCAUCUCAGCAGGGCUCGGAUGACUGUGGAGAGGGCAUUUGGACGUCUCAAAGGAAGAUGGCGGUGUCUGAUGAAGAGAUAUGACUGCAACAUCAAAAACAUCAACACUGUGAUCUCAGCCUGUUGCAUGCUUCAUAAUUUCUGUGAGGACAACAGUGAGGACUAUGAUGGCACAGAUGUGCUAGACGACAAUAAUGAGGUACAGUACUGCACUAAUUUCUGUGCAACAACUUUGCACACCACUAGAGAUGCUUUGUGUGCAUAUUUUGCAAGUCUGUAGUGCUAGCUAGUGACCUGGGCAUGAAAAACUGCAUUGUUAUGACCUGAAACUUAUAACAUAUAAACUUGAGCUGAUGCUGGCAAUAAAGUUUGAUGUGACCCUGAA